CAUCCCGACGUCGUUCGAUACGAUGCCGACGCACUGUGUCGCGUUUGGGUGUCGAAACUGGCAUCGGAAGGGGGAGGGGAAGAGCUUCUUUUGCUUUCCCUCUGCGAAAUUCGACCCAAAUCGAAGAGCGGCGUGGGUAAACGCGGUGAAGCGGGCUCACCCGACAGACCCGAGGAAGGCUUGGGAGCCGAGCCAGCAGUCCCGAUUAUGUGGGGCGCACUUCGUCACUGGAAAACCGUCGCUGGAUAGGCACCACCCGGACCAUGUGCCGACUAUCUUUGCUCACCGGAAACAGCAGCCAUCUCUCGAUCGCUACGAGCGAUGGAAACAUCGCGGGUCCACUGAAGUACGAAGUGCUGGUUCUGCGUGCGUGCAGCAGGGAGCAUCACAGCCAGCAGCCCAGCCUUCUGCAGCAGCAGUACCCUCCUUGGCCCUUGCUAAGGAGCUCCCAGUUGCCGACCCCCUUCCAGAAGGUUCCGGCGGUAACCCAUUCCCGUGCUCAAUCUCAACGGGUAUUUCGAACGUAGAGCCACUGCCCGAAGCCCCAAGGAGUGGUGCUGUCUCCACCUGUGUGCAGCAGGUAGCUGCACAGCUGGCAAGUGACGUCUCUUUGGAGAUGCCUGAAGAGGCGGUGGAAGACCCAUGCACUCAAGACUCCAUAAAAGAAAUGGAGAAGGAUGCCGCUGUCGGCCUAAUCAUGAUGGCUGGGAAUCCUGAGGUGUCCAAGCUGCGUGACCUGCAGAUGGCCAAAAUGCAGCAGGUCAUUCUUGAUCUGCAAGCAGACAAACAACGUCUCGAAAGGCAGGUUUGCCACCUGCAAGCCAGGCAGCUUAGUCUCAACACUAUCCAGGAGCCUAAGAACUGUUUAUAUUAUACUGGGCUGCCUGAGUUUUCAGUUUUUCAGAAUUUGUUUAAUUUUCUUGAGCUUCGGGCAGCCAAGAUGACCUACUGGUUAGGUAACAGAAAGACAGCUGGUGAGACCAAAGACCGCACACGGGAAAUGUCUCUGAUUGACGAGUUUUUUAUGGUCCUCGUGCGGUUAAGGACAGGGAUGGCAGGCAAGGAACUGGCCCGCAACUUCAACAUUUCUGAAGGGCAGGUAAGCAAGGUGUUUGUUACGUGGAUCAAGUUUCUCCAGCGACAGUUAAGGGUACUGUUACAGUUUCCGACAGUUGCUGAGAUUCAGCCCAACCUCCCUAAUGCCUUCCACAAGUUUUCUAACACGAGGGCUGUCCUUGAUGGAACUGAGGUACGUAUCCAGAAGCCGUCGUCGUUGCUUGCUCAGAGGCAGACCUUCUCGCCCUACAAACACUACAACACCUACAAAGCGGUUGUUGGAUGUACGCCCGAAGGGUACAUUUGCCAUGUUUCACAACUGUGGGGUGGGACUGUGUCAGACAGAAUGAUAGUUGAGGAGAGUGGGCUCGUGGAUCAGUUGGAAUCGGGCGAUGCCAUCAUGGUAGACAAGGGAUUCAAAUUUAAUAGCCUACCACCUGGAGUGCAAGUGCACAUUCCGUGUUUCAGGCAGCCGAACGAACCUCAGAUGCCGGAGGAAGAUGUGGCACACACCCGGCGGGUGGCCAGUGCACGUGUAGUUAUUGAACGCGCAAUCGGAAGGAUUAAGCAAUUUCACUUCCUUGAUCGACCCUUCCCCAUCUCCAUGAUAGAUAUUGCAGAUGAGGCGUUUCAGGUUUGUUGCUUUUUAAGCAACUUUCGUAUGCCACUCAGCCGUGCUGAGUAGCAGCAGGACAUAUGUGUCGGCUUCAGUGGCAACCUUCAGCUUGAUAAACAUUUUAGAAUAACUUCCUUUUUGUGGUUGAACUCCAGGGUUUUGUUUUUAAAUGCAGCACGUCGGAGAUGGUUUUGAGGUACUCUAAAUGGACCACAGGGUUCCGGAAAAGUUCUCACUUUAGAGCCAUCAGUGAGCAGCGAGAACUCAUCCGCUCGCGACCACGUGCU